UCCCUCACUAGAGCUGAGUGCUGGAUGAUCUCAGCGACGUCCGCAUUCAGUACGCCGCUUCUAUAAUAACCUCGGGCCUGGAGGACGCUCGGUUCGAAUUCGUGAGAGCGCUGAUUUCGGUUUCCAAGAGGCGAGGCGAUAAAAGCGACGUCUUGAGAUGGCGGAAACUGCUCCUGCUCAACCACCAGCUGCGGCUACUUCAGCGCCUAAAAGCCCCAAGAAGAAGCGCGCCGCUCCAAAGGCCAAGAAGGUCGGCCCCAGCGUGUCCGAGCUCAUCCUCAAGGCUCUGGCCAGCAGCAAGGAGAGGAACGGCGUGUCUCUUCCUGCGCUCAAAAAGUCGCUUGCUGCCGGAGGAUACGACGUGGAGAAGAACAAUGCCCGCGUGAAGUUGGCCAUCAAGAAGCUCGUGGCCAAAGACGCCGUGGCGCAAGUGAAGGGCAGCGGCGCGUCUGGCUCUUUCAAACUCAACAAGGAAAAGGCUGCCGCAAAGGCGAAGCCCAAGUCGUCAACGGCAAAGCCCGCAGCUAAAAAGCCCGCGGCAGCCAAGAAGGUGAAGAAGCCCGCGGCAGCCAAGAAGACCGCGCCCAAGAAGUCUCCCAAGAAAGCAAAGAAGCCCGCGGCUGCCAAGGCGGCCAAGAGCCCCAAAAAGGUGAAGUCGGCUGUUAAGCCCAAGAAGGCGGCGAAGAGCCCAGCCAAGCCCAAGGCUGCGAAGCCCAAGGUCGCUAAGCCCAAGACCGUCAAGGCCAAGGCCGCCAAACCCAAGGUGGCCAAGCCCAAGAAGGCCGCGGCCAAGCCCAAGAAGACUGCGCCAAAGAAGUGAAUCCGAUGGGACGACCGACGCUCGAUUCACUCCACCUCAACGGCUCUUUUCAGAGCCACCCACUUCGUUAAAAAAGUGUACCAGAUGCUGCUGCGCUUCA